AUGGAACCCUUCAUUGCUACAUUCAGUGCUGUAGACAAGAGUAAAAGCGAAGUGAUUACAGUUGAUAAUCUACAAAAUUACGUCAAAGAAAAUCAUUUAGACAGACAGAUGAUCACAAAAUGGCAGGCUUUAUUUGAUCCUGAGAGAAGCGGAAAGAUAACUAUUCAACGCUUUUGUGAUGUGCUAGGCAUAAAACCUGAACAGAAUCAGUAUGUGAACACAAGGCCACUAUACGGAUAUUCUUCUCAAGGUGGAUUACGUCCUGAGAUCUAUGUGAUCAUGCAAGAAUUACCUUUAGAAGAUCAAAUCAAAAUAUCUGAAGAGGCUUAUAGACUUACUCAAUCAAAAGAUAAAUUUAUAGAAAAAGAAGUUUCAGAGAAACUAAAAAGAUGGCUUGACAGUACAUAUGGUCGACAUUGGCAUGUAACUCUUGUCAAAGGUUCAUAUUGGACAACAUAUACUCAUACACCUAAAUGGUCAUUUCACUUCAAAAUUGAUCAACAUUCUUUCAUUAUAUAUCGUACAAAUGAAUAA